GUACUACUGGAUACACUUCUGGUGGAGAUAUCUCAAGUUUCAAGGUAGCUUCAGCGGCGGAUUAAUGGACAAGCCAAGAUGAAGCAAAGAUUUUCUUCGUUAGAUGUCAAGGUCAUCGCUCACGAGCUAUCGACGAAUCUUGUGUCCCUCCGAGUUUCCAACAUUUAUGAUCUAUCUUCCAAAAUCCUCCUCUUCAAGUUCGCCAAACCCGAAAUAAAGAAGCAACUCGUCAUAGAAUCCGGUUUCCGAUGUCACCUUACUGAUUUUGCGCGGACAACCGCUGCCGCUCCAUCCGUCUUCGUACAGAAGCUGCGCAAAGCCCUGAAAACCCGACGUGUUACAGCGGUUUCUCAAAUCGGUACAGAUCGGAUCAUAGAAUUCCAGUUCAGCGAUGGACUGUAUAGGCUAUACCUGGAGUUCUUUGCUGGCGGCAACGUGAUCUUAACUGACAACGAGCUCAAGAUUUUGACACUUCUACGAAACGUUCCCGAAGGAGAAGGUCAGGAGCCACAGCGCCCCGGCCUAACGUACUCCUUAGAAAAUAGACAGAAUUAUGGUGGUGUUCCAGCCUUAACAAAGGAGCGUGUACAAGAUGCGCUUCAGACUACUAUUCAGAAGGCUGCUGAUUCGGCAGCUAAGGGCAAGAAAAUCAAGAGGAAGCCAGGCGAUGAAUUGAGAAGAGGGCUUGCCACAACGAUCACAGAACUACCUCCUAUAUUAGUCGAUCAUGCAUUGAGGGUCACCGGCUUCGACUCGAGUGUCCCUCCAUCCACAGUUUUAGAAAACGAUGGACUUAUCCAACACCUGCUACAGUCACUCCAAGAAGCUCGCAAGAUUGUCCAGGAGGUCACUAGCUCUGAUACUUGCAAAGGAUAUAUCUUGGCUAAGACGAAGCCUGGCAUAGAGAGUGCACAACCUGAUGGCGCGGAUGGGGAACAGCAACGGAAGGACAAUGUGCUCUACGAGGAUUUUCACCCAUUUUUACCUCGCCAGUUUGAAGAAGACCCAAAUUGCGUUGUCCUUACUUUUGAUAAUUAUAAUAAGAUGGUAGACGAGUUCUUCUCUUCCAUAGAAGGACAAAAACUAGAGUCGCGCUUAACUGAGAAGGAGGCUGCUGCUAAGCGAAAGUUGGAUGCGACUAAAGCAGAGCAUUCAAAGAGAAUCGAAGGUCUUCAAGAAGUCCAACAACUUAAUAUCCGCAAAGCCAAUGCGAUCGAAGCGAAUGUUGAGAGAGUCCAAGAAGCGAUGGAUGCGGUAAACGGUUUAAUACAACAAGGGAUGGAUUGGGAAGAUAUUGGCAAGUUGAUCGAUCGAGAACGCCGACGAAACAACCCGGUAGCUGCUAUCAUCACGUCCCCACUCAAGCUAAAUGAGAAUACCAUCACCGUGCUUCUCGGAGAAGCAGAGGAGGAGGAAGACGAUGAAGACGAUGCAUCCGACACCGAUUCUGUAAGCUCGGAUGAUAGUGGAUACGCGGGCACAGAGGCGUCUAUGCGCAAGAUUCGUGAUAAUCGGCUGGCAGUUGACAUCAACCUCGACCUCUCCCCUUACGCCAACGCACGGGAAUACUAUGGCGAACGGAAAGUGGCAGCUGUGAAGGAACAGAGAACAAUGCUCCAAUCGGAAUUUGCGCUGAAAAGUGCAGAGCAGAAAAUUACCGCAGAGCUAAAGAAAGGCCUAAAGCAGGAGAAGCCUGUCCUGCAACCGAUCCGAAAGCAGUUGUGGUUUGAGAAGUUCACAUGGUUUAUUUCGUCUGAUGGCUAUCUUGUCCUCGGUGGCAAAGAUGCCCAUCAAAAUGAGAUGCUCUAUAGGAGGCAUUUGAAGAAGGGCGAUGUCUAUGUGCACGCAGACCUCCACGGCGCACCCAGCGUAAUAAUAAAAAAUAGCCCAAGCACGCCCGAUGCACCUAUACCUCCUUCAACAUUAUCACAAGCUGGAUCUUUGGCAGUUUGCGCCUCAUCCGCCUGGGACUCCAAAGCUGGGAUGGGUGCAUGGUGGGUAAAUGCGGAUCAAGUAUCAAAAUCACCACCAACUGGAGAAUUCUUAGGUACUGGCAGUUUCAUGAUCAGAGGAAAGAAGAACUUCUUGCCUCCUGCGCAAUUGAUCUUAGGCCUCGCAUUGAUGUUUAAGAUCAGCGAAGAGAGUAAGGCUAAGCAUGUUAAGCACCGCCUUUAUGACCUCCCAGAUGUUGGACCAAGCGAUCAAGCUUCGACAGUCACUGCUAGUAAAGCUGCAGCUGAUAAUACGAGAGAUGUUGAUGAAGAGAGCGACUCGGGAGAUAGUGCUAUAGACAUUGACGAAGAUUUUAAACUGAAGGAUAACCCACUUCAACCUUCGAACCACGACGAGCAUGAAUCUCCAGAUCCGGCAGAAGGAACCUCUCUUAGCCGAGGAGUCAGCAACCUAACAAUCUCCGAGGAGCCUCACAUUUCUCAUGCUGUCGAGUUCACAAAAGCGGAAGAAGGCGAAGUCGAUGAAGAGGAAGAUGCGGAAAUAGCGACAGAUGCUGGCUCGGCACCAUUAACCAAGAUAACUACCUCAGAAGCUGUUUCGUCAGGAAAAUCUACACCCCAGCCCCAAAAGAAAGGUCAACAAACUAAACGAGGUCAGAAAGGAAAAGCAAAGAAAAUUGCCGCCAAAUACAAGGACCAAGAUGAGGAAGACCGUGUGGCCAUCGAAGCUCUUAUAGGCGCUACAGCAGGAAAGCAAAAGGCCGAAGCUGAGGCAAAAGCCAAAGCUGAGCGUGAAGCGCAACGGGUAGCUACACUCGAACGCCGCCGGGCACAACACCAACGGCAGCAGCGUGAAACAGCCGAGCACGAGGAAGUUCGCAAGGUGAUGCUCGAGGAGGGUAUCGAGACGCUCGAUGCCGAGGAAACAGCUAGCCUAACCCCCCUCGAUGCGCUUGUUGGCACCCCACUUCCCGGAGACGAGAUACUCGAGGCCAUCGUCGUAUGUGCACCCUAUAGCGCACUCGGUCGCUGCAAGUACAAGGUCAAGAUGCAACCCGGUGCACAGAAGAAAGGCAAGGCUGUCAGGGAAAUCCUAGAGACAUGGAAGGCGGUCUCAACGAAGAAAGGAGUUGUUGACGAGAAGAGUGAAGACAAGGAGAAGAUGUGGCCGCGUGAGGUAGAACUCUUCAAGGCCAUCAAACCCGAAGAGAUCUUCAACGUCGUGCCUGUGGGGAAGCUCAGGGUUAUGAUGAGCGGAGCGGGCGGUGGCGGAGGUGGAGAUGCGAAGGGUAAAGGUGGAAAUAAGGGAGGUGGCAGUGCGAACCGUGGCAAGAAGAGGUGAAAGGGAUAAAAAGAGAUAUAGAUAGGUACCGUAGGUCAAUAUAUAGGUAUCUAUAUCAGCCCUCGC